AUGAGUCGAGGAAUAUUGUUGGUGAUCUUGUUUCUUGUGAUGGAACUUCGACUGAGUCGUUCGAGCUGUCCGGAGCUAGAACUGCAAAGAUCAUCGUCAGAGGAGAGUCCGAGUUAUCGAGUCUCAUCUCGUAACAUAAUGAAGAGGUCUAACGAUAUAGACUAUGACAGCUUUGUUGGUUUAAUGGGGCGCAGGAACGCUGACGAAGACGACAUACUAGCUCAGCAAAAAAGAGAAAUGCAUGAUGUAUUCGUUGGGCUGAUGGGUCGGAGGAAUUCUGAGUCUGGUAUAGGACGCCCUUGGAGAAGAGACUAUCCAGAGACAAGAGGAGGCAUUUUCUUUAAUAAGUGCAAGUUGAGGUUAGGGGAUCCAAUCGCGCCAAAGUACAAACAGGUCUCGACGUGGGCUAUAGCCAAGGCAGUUGAUGUAUAA